AUGGCUCUGCGCAUCACCACCUGGAACGUCAACGGCAUUCGCAAUCCCUUCAGCUAUAAGCCAUGGAGCGAUACCCGGACGUUCAGCGCCAUGUUCGACAUACUGGAGGCCGAUAUCGUCAUCAUGCAGGAGUUGAAGAUCCAGAGAAAAGACUUGCGGGACGACAUGGUUCUGGUCCCUGGCUGGGACUGCUACUUCAGCUUGCCCAAGCAUAAGAAAGGAUACUCUGGUGUUGGAAUAUACACCCGCCAAUCCAUGUGCGCCCCAAUCCGCGCCGAAGAAGGACUACUCGGCAGCCUCUGUCCACCAGCCUCUGACACACCCUACCGGGACUUACCCGAGGACUCGUGCAUCGGUGCAUAUCCUUCAGACUUCCAGAUUGCCGAACUCGGAGUAGACCCAGCGUCCCUGGAUGCCGAAGGCCGCUGCGUCGUCUUGGAGUUUCCCGCGUUUGUCCUUUUCGGCAUCUACAGCCCAGCAAACAGCAAUGGGGAAAGGGACGACUACCGGCACGCUUUCGUCUGCGCCAUGGACAUAAGGGUCAGGAAUUUGGAGAAGCUGGGCAAGAGGGUAGUUUUGACCGGCGACCUGAACAUAUCCCGCGAAGGCAUCGACACCGCGAAGGUGGAGGAGCAGAUGAGGAAGGAAGGAAUGACCUGGGAAGACUACUUCGAAUCCCCGAACCGGAAAAUCUUCAACCAGCUGCUUGAAGGAGGCAAGGUGAUGGGGGAAAGAGAAGAGGGCCGGGAGAAACCGGUGCUGUGGGAUGUCUGCAGAGGAUUCCACCAGGGACGGGAGGGCAUGUACACGCAUUGGGAACAGAAGAUUAAUGCUCGGCCCGGCAACUUCGGUUCGAGGAUUGAUUAUGUUCUCUGCAGCAUCGAGAUGAAGACCUGGAUUGAAGACUCUAAUAUCCAGGAAGGCUUGAUGGGAUCUGACCAUUGCCCCGUCUACGCCACCUUGAAGCCGAAGGUCGACCUACGCGGGAAGGAGAUUGACUUGCGCGACAUCAUGAACCCACCUGGUAUGUUCCAAGAUGGAAAGAGACUGAGAGAAUGGUCUACGAAAGACUUGACUGCUUUCUCUGGGAGACUGCUGCCAGAAUUCAGUAAUCGCCGAAACAUUAGAGACAUGUUCGCGCGCAAGCCAAGUGUUGCCACUAGCAAGAGCAAUGCCGAGCGACCUACGGCCUCCUCUUCUAUAGUCAUCAACGAAGAGAUGAAUGAAACACAAGAGUCGGAACAUCCGAGCGAAGAGACCUCUCAAGAAGAUUCCACAAGACAAAGCCUUCCACCGCCAUCAACUGGUGAAUCAACUACAAGUUCAGUAUCUUUGUCCAGCAACAAGCGAAGUUCGAGCAAUCCACAGUCAGCUAAACCAUUGAAGAAGCUGAAAUCAUCUGGUGCGACUUCUAAAUCUCCAGCGCCAUCAAAAGGACAACAGUCGCUCAGAGGUUUCUUCAAACCAAAAGAAGGUUCGUCCACAUCCCAAGGCACGAACACACCUAUUCCAGAGAUUCCUUCGUCGACACAAGCGCUCGCAUCUCCUCCAAACACGACGACAAUCUCUGAAAGUGAGCAGGCUAUUGAAGGCCUCACAGCCGUCAUCAUCUCCGACGAUGCACCAUCGCCACCAAAGACCUCUACGCCGAAGUCAUCGCGUGUAAAGUCUCAAGGCAAACAGUCGCCUACUACGUCGACCCCGAAUGGUUCUCCCAGUCUUUCGAUUUUGAGUCCGUCGGCCAGGUCGGAUAGAUCUGAAUCCAUCUUCGUUGACCCGAUCGUGUCGAAGGAGUCCUGGAGCAAACUAUUCACCAAAAAGCCAAAUCCCCGAUGCGAAGGGCAUGAUGAACCUUGUAAGACAAUGCAGACGAAAAAGCCUGGACCUAAUUGCGGGCGCUCUUUCUGGAUUUGCUCGAGGCCCAUCGGUCCUUCAGGCGCAAAAGAAGUUGGCACAGAAUGGCGCUGUGGGACCUUCAUUUGGGCGAGUGAUUGGAAAAGCCCUGGAUCUUGAGCAUACUGCGAUGCGAAUACCUUGAAUCGAUUCUUGUCAAGAGUAAUGAGCCGAAUGACAUGGUCUGAACGGCGCUAGGAGCUAUUCUCGUAGUCUCCGGCGAGAAGCUGAAGCCAGAGCCGUAGGCUCACUGUCCAUGCAGCAUCCUGGAAUUGAAUGCUUGCUUGGACUUCAGGGCGCAUGAUCCCGCUAUACGACUUGCGCUGAGGGCUAUUCUCCUAGUCUUCGGCAAGAAGCUGUAGCCAGAGCUGCAGGCUUAUAGUUUAUAUAAUAUUCUAGAAUUAAAUAUUUAUUUAGUAAUCCUGCU